CGACGAGGACGAGGACGAGGACGAAGCGGCGGCCGAAGAUCGCCGAGCGGACGGCUACGCGGAGAGACUACGGCUGGCAUGGUGUGGGCCGCAGCACGGCCACAGUGUUCCAAAAGUCGGCACCACGCACGAAUCGUGUUACGCGCGACGCAGAGCCACCAAGCUGCGUCGUCGAAUCGCGCUCGGCUGGCCUCCGAUCGAGUGCUCCGUCGAGCGCAGCCAGGGAACGCGAGUAACCAACAGCUGGCUGUUGUCCGAUUAGAGAUCGAUCGAAUCGACGACGACGACGACGACGACGAGGGCCGGAAAACUCGAGACUCUGUUUGCGUAGAAUCGUCAGCUACGAAGACGACGACGACAACGACGACGACGACGACGACGAGGACGACGACGACGACGACGACGUCUUAUCGUUGUAGAAGAUCGUGACACGUGAACGGACAGAAGCAGUGCCGUGGGCAAACGAUAAACCGCGAGUGAUCAUAGUACUCGAAUUGCCAAUGAGAAGCAGCGCUAGCUCGAACGAAGACAAGCCGAGACGACGGUGAGUUCGGGCCGCAUCGUCGAUAGGACGCGCGGAAUCACGGUGAAGAAGACGAAAAGAAGAAAGGGUUGGCGAGAAGGAAACAAGUUCGUCCGGUUCGGCGAUAGUAUUGGAGUUAAACGAGCGCGGAACCGUGGAACCGGGGAAUCGUGGAACCGGGGAACCGUGGAACCGGGGAAUCGUGGAACCGGGGAACCGUGGAACUAGCGGAGAUCUCCCUGGCGCGCGAUACGCACAGUGGCCGUACGUCGUGAGUCGUGCGUCGCGAGUCGCUCGACGACUGGGUCGAGCGAUCGGUAAUCGGCAGAAUAGUCGCGAUUAACGAGGACGCGAGUGUGUCGAACAGCGAUACGCGCGCUGCUUCUCGCGCGGUGAAUUUCGACGCUGAACGAAACGAAACGAAACGAAACGAAACGAUCGCCUAUCCUUAUUGCCGAGAUUCUGUGUUUAGUGAUAAAACGCGUAUUCGCAGUGUGCCGCGUACACGAUACGCAACGACCUACGACGACCACGACGACCACGACGACCACGACGACCACGACCACGAUCCCGGCCUCGUUUCGCGUACUACUACGGUGGAGUGUGUGUGCGUGCCUCUAUGGGUGAGCGUGUAUGUGUGAAACGCGGCUGAAGGAAUCGACAAAUAGUCGCACUGCAAGACGGAAGGUCGCGUUGCUUCGCGCGUAUACUUGGGAGAAUUCCAACUGGAUAAAUUCGUCGUAUAUUCGUGAAAAGGGGGGAUCCAAAAGGAGUUGGUCGGCGAAAGGGACCUCGAUACGAUCGACAGGAUACUCGUGGAUCUUGGAACCCUGGCGAUUUAUGGGGGACUUUAGCGCGACCAGCCUCUUCUCCAAUAGCUUGUCCAGCACGACGAAAUCUUCGAUCGGUAGCAAUACCGCGAGUCCCGGUGUAACCGUAACGACCUCAACGAUGCAGGACGAUCUGUUGAUCGAGAAACAAGCCAGUGGCAAAGCAGCGCCGCUAUCGCCCAGUACUGGCCUGGAGGCCGUCGCUGGACUGGAAAAGGCGAAAGACGCGGUCGAGGUCGAGAGUAUCGCUAUCACGCCGACGACGCCCUCCUCCACAGAGAAGGAGAUCGCCUGCAGCACCAGCUCGGCGCUUCAGAGUUUCUCCGAAGCGGCCAGAGUGCCGAGCUUGUGGUCAUCCGCUCCGGAUGACACCGGUCUUCACGCGUUACCGGUCAACGGAUCCAUCGCAGCGUUUCAGAACUUUCCGACCGGUGGUCCGACCGGGUUGUUCGCCGGUACCGGUCCAACCGUCUCGGCUGGUACGCGUCGCGCUAUCACCGCUAGUCACAAUUUCCCGCAACAGCACGGUAACGCGACCGCUGCAACUACGAGACACGGACUUCAGGUCUCGUCCGCUCAACAACAGCAACAGCAGCAGCAACAACAACAGCAGCAGCAGCAGCAACAACAGCAGCAACCGCCGCAACAACAACAGCAGCAGCAGCAACAGCAGCAUCAACAACAACCUACAGCCACCUCGCAUCCGGGAGUUUAUCUACCUGGCAAAGGUUACGCGGCUUGGUCCGGUGGCCCGCAAGCGCCUCAACAAUGGAGCGCUGGGCCGCAAGCUGCGGCGGUCGCGAGUCCCGGCCUUUCGCCCUGGAAUCGCGGCAGAUCGGUACCGAAUCUUCCUCCCCUGCACUCGUCCCUGCACGCCGCUGCUGCGGUCGCGGCAGCUGCCGGGCUACAGGGCAGGAAACCGAGUCCUACGUUUCCCGGUCAUCCGGGACCAGCGGCUCAUCCCUCCUGCAUCAGCCCCGUGAAAUUUCGAAGAAGCACCUCGUAUCCCGGUAAAGGCAACAUGUAUCCGCCUCAACCCGCGCCAACCUUCGAAGUUACCACCGCCGAGGACAGAGAUUUGCUACAGCUGCCGCCGUUUCAGCAGGAUCGUAUGACGACAAAUGGAAAUUCACCGUUGGACAGUAUGAGAACGUUGGAGCAUUACUUGAGCGACAUCAUGCGAGGUACAGCGGAUACCUCCGAACACGUGAAAGGAUACAUAAGUUGCAAUGCCAGCACGCUGCAAUCGCUCGCGCAACUGCACGGCAAAUCGCCGUUCUUUCCAAGUUUGGAGGAUCAGAGCGGCACGCUGCUAGAAGAUCCGAACGCGGCGAGUCAGCUUGAUGGCGUCGGUGUCGGCGUCGGUGUUGGAGUCGGAGUUGGCGUUGGAGUCGGUGUCGGUGUCGGCGUCGGGGUUGGAGUCGGCGUCGGUAGCGGUAUAACCGGCUCUCAGACCGCACCGCUUUCCUCCCCGAGUCGGAGCAGUCCUCACAGUCAAGGUAGCGAGACCGGAGAACGCUUCUCUAGGAAGGUGUUUGUCGGUGGUCUGCCACCGGACAUCGACGAAGAGGAAAUCAAAGCCAGUUUCCGUCGUUUCGGAUCGUUGGUCGUCGACUGGCCCCACAAAGCGGAGAGCAAAUCCUACUUUCCACCGAAGGGCUACGCUUUCUUGCUUUUCCAGGACGAAGCGUCCGUGCAACAAUUGAUCGACGCGUGCAUUCAAGACGAGGAGAAAUUGUAUCUAUGCGUGAGCUCGCCAACGACCAAAGACAAGCCGGUGCAAAUUCGACCGUGGCGACUGAGCGACGCGGAUUUCGUGCUGGACGCUUCGAUGCCGCUGGAUCCACGAAAGACGGUGUUCGUCGGUGGUGUUCCACGGCCGUUGAAAGCCGUCGAGUUGGCGAUGAUCAUGGAUCGACUUUACGGAGGCGUGUGUUACGCCGGUAUCGAUACCGAUCCCGAGCUCAAGUAUCCGAAAGGAGCCGGCAGGGUCGCUUUCAGUAAUCAACAAAGCUACAUAGCUGCCAUAUCGGCGAGAUUCGUUCAGUUACAACACGGCGACAUAGACAAGAGAGUCGAAGUCAAACCAUACGUUCUGGACGAUCAAAUGUGCGACGAGUGUCAGGGACAACGUUGCGGUGGCAAAUUUGCGCCGUUUUUCUGCGCAAACGUUACCUGCCUACAGUACUAUUGCGAGCACUGCUGGGCGACGAUUCACUCGCGACCAGGUCGCGAGUUCCACAAGCCGUUGGUGAAGGAGGGUGCGGAUCGACCUCGGGCCGUGCCGUACCGCUGGUGUUAACCCCAGCUGCGUUGUCCCUAAUUAUCUCGCAACCCUAGCUAAUUAACUACCACUUCUACGUACCAACUUCUCCUCUCCCCCCCCCCCUACGAGAACCUUCUACCGCCCGCCGCCACCCACCCUUCCAUUCAUUCAACCUCCCCCGGCCCGUCCGACACUUCGUCUCACCCUUGCUCACAUACCUACCUGCAUCGAAACACAGCCCGAAAACCGUUAUUAUCGCUACUACCCACUGAUCGUCGGUACUAUCGCUAUUCUACUACUAUCGCUAUUAUCGCUAUUGCUAUUACCGCUCUAUCGCAUACACCACCAUUACUAUUCCACUAUGAGUUACCUUUGCUCUGCUAUCCACCAUUGCUACAUGGACGUGUUUACCGGUUACACGGCGAACAAAUCAGUCGCCUUCACCACCGUCACGGCCAUUACUACCACCAUACAUCCACCACCACCACCACCACCACCACCACCACCACCACCACCACCACUACCACCACCACCACCACCACCACCACUACCACCACCACCGCCGUCAUCGCCGCCGCCGCCGCCGCCGCCAUCGUCUUCUGCCAGCCGAUGCGUCUCGACGUUACCUUUUCGCACCGACGACCACUUCGAUCUUUCAUCUCCGAGUUUGUAUGUGUGACACUCAGCGCACCAACAAUUCACCACGAGGAAACGGUUUAGCAGCGGAGGAGGAAGACUCGUCGACGAUUCGUCGGUGCGUCGGUAAUACACAGAGUGCUGCGCGCUAGUUCCGCUUUAUAACAAACGAACGAGUCGAGGCCAAGAAGGAACAACGGACCGUCGCCCUAAACGCCUUUCGUCCGACCGACAUGGAACAUGCUUUAGUUACCGAUAUCGAUAUCGACAUAUAUAUAUAUAUAUAUAUACAUACACACACACAUAUAUAUAUAUAUAAGUUACGAAUGUGCGUUGGCGGCCAUAAUUAAAAGCUCUCUCGUACGGAGCACGCGUUGGACGCGUCCGAUGAGAGGUUUCAAUCGUUGUUCGCGCUCGCGGAUCGUCUCUUCCCAUUACCGACUGUCAGACGGGAAGAUUCGUUCCAGGUGUUCCUCUUCCUCUCCUUGCCUGUUCGCUCGUUCCUUUUCUCGUAGCGCGUCGGCCGAAGACGGACGACGGAUCUCCUCGUCGAUCGAUCGCGCGUCGGGCAGAGGCGCAGAACCUACCACGAGGAACAUCGUUCUCCGUUGUCCACCGAUUGUCUAUCCGUUCUUCGCGAGCCUCUCGGAGGAAACGGAAUCUUUCGCGCAACGAACGUGCGCUUUCCUCCUUGUUGACUUUUUCCUCCUUCUUCUUCUUCUUCUUCUUCUACUUGCUCCACCUCCUCCUUUUGCGAUCUCGCUUGUUCCUUCUCGUCGAACAGGCCAAGGCAACGAAAGGAAAUCGGAGAACGAGAGGAACGGAGCGCCGUACGGGGGCAAUUGUCCCUUUGUUUCGUCGAGCGUUCUGUGCCACCUCGAGAAAUCGAUCGAGGUAGCCAAACGGCAGCUUGCCCUCUCCUCGAUGGAAGGAUGCGACCGUCGCUUCGAACCUGACCCGAGAGGUGUACGGAAAUAUAUAAGGAACGUACGAGUGUGAACGUGAAUGGAAACGGUAAGAGGUGAUAGCGAGUACCUGAUUCGACGCGAAACCGCGAGGAUUAAGAUUGAUGGGACGCGAGCACGAGAGAGCAAAAGAUUGAGACGAAAGCGAGUAAAGGAAAUGAUUGGAAGGAAUCGGAAGAGCGUGUAUGCCUGUGUGAAUGAACGAGGAAGAGGAGAUGCGGAUGGAAAGAUGAGACGGCAGAGCGACGGAAAGAGUUAGAGAAUGGUCGAUACUCGCGAGCUGGUAGAUAAACGCGGAAGAGUGAUAUAAAUAUAAAGACGCAAACGUUUAAACAUGAGCCAUUCGCGUUGGAUGUUGAAUAGGUAAUGAAAAACCAACCACGCUUCGAAUCGCUGUGUGCCAGAUAAUUAUCUGUAUCACACGGUCUUUAGCUUUUAAGAACUUAUUAAAUGUUACAUAGGUGCGUUAUAUAUAUAUAUAUAUAUAUAUGUAUAUAUACGUUAUAUAUCUGUAUGUAUAUAUAACAUACAUAUAUAUAUACACAUGCGUUUCCCGCGUGAAAAACGUGACGUUGCGCUCGUAGACAAAAUAUUUGAGUAAAAUAAACGAUUUUUUACUAAUUAACUUAUUUGAAUGCAAGAAAUAAGUAGCAAAAAGUAUCAUGGGAUAGAAAAUAGAGGAAUAACCGAAAGAAAGUGAAACGGAGGUGAGAAAAUAUGCCGAGAGUCAAUGGAAGCAAGAACGAAAGCGUAAGAAAAAGAAUAGAAUGCGUGCGCGUUUACGUGAGUGUGUGUGUGUGCGUGCGUGCGUGCGUGCGUGCGUGAAGGAGAGAUUGUGAAAAGGAGACGAAAUAAGAAGGAGGAGGAAGGAUGAACAGGGGGGCUUAGGAGAGCGAAGUAGAGAAAUGGAAUUCGAAACGGACGUUGAAAAGACGAUAGUCCAAUUUACUUAACGCACGAUCGCGCGUUGAGUUUGCUUAACCGUACCAGAUCCUCAGCCAAUACACGAAACCUUAACCGAGCGACCCUUCCGAAAAUGUCUCAAACGACGACGCCAGGAAAGAAAACGAUGGUACGAGGCUCAUAACCAUAGCGAUCGUACCGGGACACAGUCUGUUACUCAUUUUCAAGAAAAUAAAAGAGAGUACAAAACGAACGGUCGCGUCGGCACUCGAAAGUCAAGGAAGGAAAAAGCACCGAAGCGGGCGUAACACCGAGAGACCGAGAGAGAGCGAAGAAACGGGGGAGAAUUUCUCGCGAUCGAAACGAGUCACGGGACUAAUCUCGGCCGUGAAUCCGGAAACGAUCCUCAAACCUGGUGUUGGAACGUAAACGAUUCUACGUACCUGGGCCUCCGCGUUUCUUUUUUUCCAACAACGAGCGGCCAACGUCUCUCCAGUGGAUCAGUGUAUUUGGAGUAAGUCGAUCUCGCGAAUAUACAGUAACGCUCCUUUUCAGAGCGGACGCAUACACACACACACACACACACACACACACACACACAUACCACGUACGCGUUACAAUUUUCUUGACGGGGAAGAGACGUAGCGAUCGAGCUCCUAGCAAAUUACUCUUCAUACGUCCGAUAUAUAGGAGAUCCGAAGGGAACGCGUGCAAAGAUUAACGCUGUUUUCGCGCGAAUGAACGCUAAAUCGAUAGGAUAAAAUACGAAGAAAACUGCACGGGUUUCUGCUGUGUAGAUGACCGAUCCCUCUUGUACCGAUACGAUCCGCGUUCAACGGCUGUCGCGAUGCACGUUUUCUUGAUCCUAACGAAUUUCUUCGCUCGAUGUAUAUAAUCAAACGCAAUGAUGCAAUCGACGUAGUUCAAAUGAAAUCUCAUCUCGACGGAGACGCGUUAUUAUAGGUUUUAUUCUUCGAAGGAGGAACAGAGGACUUUUCUCGGUGGUAAUUGCCGGCGUGUCGCUUCCGACCGUGGCCCGUUGCCACGCGUCAACCUUCGUCCGACAUCCUGCCCGCGGGCUAUCAUCUUUCAUUUUCUUCUCGAUAAAUGGAUACGAAGCAGUUGCUAGUUGGAAAAAGUUCGCGGAGGAAACGAGAGUGGAAAGAAAGUUGACGCGAAUUUCGGACAACCGGAUGCAACGGUGGAAACGACACGGAUGGUUAAUCAGUAUGCAACGUUAUGUGUUCCGCUUAAUAGAUGGUCGUUUUAUACGUAGCAGCACCGUCAGUUGAAACCAUAAGCUCGUAGAUUAACCUCGCACGACGAGUAUCUUUAACGACACGUUUUCGCGUGUUACGCAUUCGUAAAGAAAAAAAGAAAAAAAUACACACGACACACAGACACACGCGCACGUGCGCGCGCACGUACACGUAGGCACAUACAUACGCGUACACGCAUACCUACGAUAUCACAAAUUUAGUCAUCCGAGAACGAAUCGAUAAAAAUUAAUCGUGGAUUAACCGAUGCGUACCUUCGCGUGCGUUUAGUAACGAGGAAUGAAUAAACAAAAGUAAUUUCCACAUCUAUAUAUACAUAUAUAUAUUUACAUAUAUAUUUA